GUUUCUUGGGAGGCCAAUUCGAAUACUAUCAAAAGAGACUAAACAUGAGUCCGGGAGAUAGGACAGUGCUUCUUUGGAAAUACGACAAUGUUCGGUUGCCUUGUAACAAACAAAUUGCUCUUCGUCGUUAUGAGUGCCUGAAAAAGAAAAUGCGAAAGGACACGGCAUUAGCAGAAGCCAUUACGGAAAAAUGGGAGAUUAUGAGAGAAAGGGAUAUUUUCAACGAUUAGAAGAAUACGAGAUAGCAGAAUAUACGGGACUAUUACUUGCCAAUAUUUCCGGUAUUUGGUAUAAGGAUGUUCGGUAUAUCCAUGCACAGGGAGGGUUCGAGAUUCUAAGGACGCCUUUACAUUAUGCCUCAACAUUGAACAUGAUGAAAGCCUCUUGUCCGGUGCGAGAAUCCCAACGAAACGCGAAGUAUUGCGUACAUUAUUGCUAAUAUAUGAUCCACUUGGCCUCAUUGGCCGCUGAAAAUUCUUAAUGUUUAUAAAGAUUUUACUGUAGGAGAUCUGACGCUCAGGCUACAGCUGGGAUCAACCGAUUGAUGCAGGUUGUACGGAGAGAUGACGAAAAAGGAUACACGUUUUACCAACAAUGCAGUCCGUCAUGGUUCCACGCUGCUAUCGCCUGACAACGUCCGCUGCAACUCCAAACAUACAACUGCAUGUUUUCUGCAAUUUCGUGGACCCAGCUUCACAUGGAAAUCCGAGGACGAGUGGCCAGCAGAAUAUCCCGUAUCGCCAGGCAUAUCGGAAGAACUACGGCGUUGUGUACUUCAUCACGUUGUCACACAACCUUAUUGUAACGUUUGCUAGCUUUUCCAGGUGGACGAGACUCGUACGAUCGAUUGGGUAUGUGAUAUGGUACGAUUCAUCAACAACGCUCGGCAAUGGAUAUCUGGAUUACCGCCUACACGGGGGCCGUUGUCGCAGGAAGAUCUUGCUGCAUCUGAAUGUUUCAUAAUCAUGUAAGUUCAACUAGAAGCGUUCCCAGACGAAAUGAAGUCACUCAACCAACGAACAGAACUAGAGGAAGGGCUACGGAGACCGCAGAAGAAAGAUAGCACCCUUUAUAGAUUGUCACCAGAACUGUACGAGCAUGGCUUAUUUAGGAUGCGAGGGCGUUUGGAUAAAUGCUCACUAUCAGACGAAGCGUUACGGAGGCCUAUUAUCUUCCCAAGACGACAUCAUGUUACCGGACUAAUCCUGCACGCAUAUCAUGUGAAAUAUCGUCACUGUAAUCACCGCACGGUCAUCAACGAGGUUCACGCAAGAUACUACAUCCCGCGAGUGCUGGCGGAGUACAACAGGGUUAGGAAUUCUUGUCAGCAUUGCAAAAACUCCAAAGCUACGCCGGAUCCACCGAUGAUGGGAAGCAUACCGAAAUGUCGUACAGCGGUCGCACAACGGGCUUUUACGUAUACGGGCCUGGAUUAUUUCGGACCAAUGUACGUGGUAGUGGGACGUCGGUCGGAAAAGCGAUGGGGAGUUAUUAUCACGUGCCUAACCACCCGUGCCAUUCACCUAGAGGUAGCGCAUUCGCUUAACACGUUCUCGUGCAUCCUGACGAUACGCCGAUUCGUGGCGAGACGUGGUUCACCAAGGGAAAUCAUCAACGAUCGUGGAACAAAUUUCGUCGGAGCAUCAAGGGAGCCGAAGGAGGAUAUGUCGAAGGUAAACGUAGAUGAACUAAUGCUCCUGUUCUCCAGUUCAUCUUUUAGGUGGACGUUUAAUCCUCCAGCUGCUCCUCACUUUGGUGGAUGUUGGGAACGGCUUGUGCGAUCCGUUAAACGAGUCUUGAACGAGUUCAACCUUCCACGGCUCCCAUCGGAUGAAGUGCUGCAAUCUACGUUAGCCGAAGUGGAGAUGAUUGUUAACUCAAGGCCGUUAACAUAUGUUCCUCUCAACGAAGAGAUGGAUAGGCCCAUAACGCCGAACUAUCUUCUUCUGGGCAGCUCUGACGGUACGAAGCCCCUCGUCCCUUUCGAAGAUUCACCAGCAGCGGUAUCAUCAAUGUGGAUGACGGCGCAACGUAACGCUGACGCCUUCUGGAAGAGAUGGGUCGCAGACUACCUACGCCGCUCCAAGUGGUUUCAGCCAGUCCGACCAAUAAAGGAAGGGGACGUCGUACGUAUCGUGGACGCCAACUUGCCACGCCACAGCUGGCCAAAAGGACGUAUGUUGACAGAAAUAAAUUAAGACAGUAAGAACAAUUUUUGUAUGGAAAAACGUGCCAACUAAAAAGCACAUAUUCAAUAGUUGGCAGAGAAUCGAAGUUCAACCAUUGAGUUCGGACUGUACUACUUCACUACAUAGCUACAGGCCAUACCUUCAGUAGUUUGCAAUUUUUAUUUCGGAUGUCUCGUUCUUGGAUUAGCAGAAUUGUGAAAGAGACGAGUCUUUGCCUUAAUACAGUGUUACGUCCCUAUUUGAAGGUAUGAUACGAUUUGCUUUAGUAAUUGUUGUAUAAUAUGGUUUUUUUCCGUUCUUGUCUUGUGCUUGAAUAAAUCAAGCAAAAACGAAGUGUUUGAACACACAACCGACGUUCUCACAUUUCGACGACACGCGCGGAGUCACAGUCGCUGACGACGCAAUACGGAUGCGCGUGUGCUGAACAAGCAGAACGGACACACCGAUGUGAAGCAGAUA